CUACAACCCCUUCACUCCAAACUCCUCGAGUUUUUCCCCAUUAUCAAACACCCGACGAACAAGAACCCUAGAAUUCGCCUCCUCUUUCAAAUUUCACAAAUUUUGGUUUUAAUCAAAAAAUUAAUGACGGGAUAGAAAUUUCUCAAUGUCCGCUUUAUCUGUCCAUCUCGCUUAGAAUUCUCUAGAUAGGUUUCUCUCUCUCCGUUCAAUCGCUUCUGGAUUUCGUUUUUAAGGUUUCACAUCUUCACGGCAUUUCAAGAAGUUCGCCAAUUUACUGCUAAGAUGUCGUCAUCACCUUUUCCAAUCUUGGACAACCGACCAAUUGACAAGUGGAAGGUUACGGAAUUGAAGGAAGAGCUUAAAAGACGGAGAUUAACAACAAGAGGCUUGAAGGAGGAACUGGUUAGGCGUUUAGAUGAAGCCCUUCGUGUUGAGCAAGAAGAGUCUGAAAGACUCAACAGUGCUGCGCUUGCUGCUUCUGUCGCAGCCAAUCAAGAGGCUGAGAUCGCUCAUGGUACUGGAGGCGCCGUUACACCAGAUCGAAUGCAAACCACUCCUGUCGCUGGAGCGGCAUUCAGCACUGAGAGCACUCCAUCUGCAGCUGAGACAACGGCUGAAGCAUCAGCUGCUGUUGAGACUACACCACCACCCACGGUGUUUUCAAACCCAGAGGUUAACGCUAGUGGCCAGGAUGAAAAGGUUGAUGAUGUCAGAGCUGGUCGUGAUACUUCAGUGGUUGAUGCGAAUCUACAAGAAGCUCAGGAAGUAGAUGUGAAUGAUGGACUUGAAUCUGGUGUCGUGACUGCAACUGAUGCAGUAGUUACCGAAGAGGUGGCUAAUGAACAGAUUAUUCAGAAACCUGAUGUAGAGAGUAAGGAAACAUUUAGCGUGUCUGAUUCUAAGGCUCAACCUACUUACAACCAGGUAUCUGAGGUCAUCCCCGUUACAGGGUUUGAGGUAAAAUCUGAUUGUAUUUCUACUGAUUCUGUGUCAAAUAAUGAGAAAAUAGAACUAAAGGAUAACGAAAUUGCUGAUAAUGUCAAAUUAGACCAAAAUGUUAAUAAGUCCCAAGAGCCAUCAACAGUCACUGGCGAAUCGCAUCCAAUGGAUGUCGAGGAGCCACUUGAGCAGAGGACAUCUGUUGGAGGUGGAGAUGACAGGGAUGCUGCUAUUGCAGAUAUGACCAAAGGAAAUAAUAUCAUUGAUGCAGGCGACUCAGAAAAGUUGAAUUUAGAUAGAAGUUCUGGUGAUGAGUCUAUGGAGGAUGAGCCAGAGACAAAGCAAACUGAGUCAGUUACAUCUCAUGAGGCGGUGGAUAAGAGUGAGAAAAAUGACAUGCUUACUGGUAAUGAGGAAAGCCGUGCUGAUGUUAUGGAUGGUCGGAAAGGAGAAUCCCCUGAAAAUAAAAGUCAUCCACUUGUGGCUUCUGACAAAAGAAAGCUUCCUGUUAUUGAUCAAGAAGCUGUUGGAAACAAUGAGCCUGCAAAGAGGCAACGCCGAUGGAACUCUGAGAGUAUUAAGGUUCCUGCAGCACAGGCCACUAAUAGCGCCACACCCACAACAACUCCGAGGUCAAGUGGUCUAAAGCGCAACUUUUCAAGAUCCGACUCUUCGGUUAGCGAGGAUGGACCCAAGGAACGCGUGGUUCCUCCAUCUCCAAAGGAGCCUACGAAUUCCCUCAGGAUUGAUCGUUUCCUUAGGCCGUUCACAUUGAAAGCUGUUCAAGAGCUUCUGGGUAAAACCGGAAACGUCACUAGUUUCUGGAUGGAUAACAUUAAGACCCACUGCUAUGUAUCAUAUUCUUCAGUUGAAGAAGCUGCAGCAACAAGAGAAGCAGUGUAUAACCUCCAGUGGCCAGCUAACGGAGGCCGCCUUCUGACAGCUGAAUUUGUUGGGUCAGAAGAAGUGAAGGCAAAACUGGAAGCACCUCUGCCUCCUCCUCCUCAGGCUCAGGCUCAGGCUCAGGCUCUACCGCCACCUCCCGCUGCUCUUCCACCUCCACCGCCUCUAGCCAAAGCACCUCCAGUCAUAGAACGUCUUCCUCUUCCACCUCCUCCUCCUCCUCUAGUCCCUGAGGAACAAGAACCUCCCAUAGUCACUCUGGAUGAUCUGUUCAAGAAGACAAAAGCAAUCCCCAGGAUAUAUUACUUGCCCUUGUCAGAGGAACAAGUUGCAGCUAAACUUGCAGCUAAGAACAAGUGAUGUUGGUGAUUUCAGGUCAUUAUUUUCGUAGCAGGAUCUUAGAAAUUUAGCUCAGUGCGGACAAAAGUUGAGGACUUUUGUCAAGUUUGGUUUGGUAUUUCUAAUGUAGAACGCAGGAGAAGACUCUUUCUUAAUGUUUACUAGACUUUGGUUCAUUUGAUGAACGGACAGAGUUGCUUGGAUCUUUGUGUGUUGUGAACCUCUCCAUUUCUCUUUUCCCCUUUUUAUGGAGCUCUGAACAAAUUGCUGGUUUUAAAAAUAAGUAUACUAACAUGUAUCAGUCGUCUAUCAGAUUUCUCUUGUCCCUCG